AUGCCGGCUAUUUGUGCGUUCUUUCCAAAAAAGUAUGCGCUAGGCGCGGCAACAGCAUCCCUGAAACAGUUUCCACUGCUGCAGUUGUCAACAUACGGCUUCAAAAUUAAUUACUCCAAGUUCCAUGGCUCGAUGUCGCUAUCCGCGAUGUCGAAGCCCAUCCUGUACUCGUACUGGCGCAGUUCCUGUUCCUGGCGUGUGCGCAUAGCUCUAAAUCUAAAGGAGAUUCCGUAUGACAUUAAGCCGAUCAGUUUGAUCAAGUCCGGAGGCGAACAGCACUGUAAUGAGUAUCGAGAGGUAAAUCCAAUGGAGCAAGUCCCUGCACUGCAAAUCGAUGGACACACGCUCAUCGAAUCACUCUCGAUAAUGUAUUAUCUCGAGGAGACGCGUCCUCAGCGUCCAUUGAUGCCGCAGGAUGUUUUGAAGCGUGCCAAAGUACGGGAAAUCUGCGAGGUGGUAGCAUCCGGCGUUCAGCCGUUGCAAAAUCUGAUAGUGCUCAUUCACGUGGGCGAGGAAAAAAAGAAGGAAUGGGCACAGCAUUGGAUAACGCGCGGUUUCCGAGCGAUCGAAAAGCUGCUCUCAACGUCGGCGGGCAAAUUUUGCGUGGGCGAUGAGAUCACCCUUGCCGACUGUUGUCUCGUGCCGCAAGUGUUCAAUGCUCGUCGCUUCCACGUAGAUCUUCGUCCGUAUCCAAUCAUUCUGCGUAUCGAUCGUGAACUGGAAGGUCAUCCCGCGUUUCGGGCAGCCCAUCCCUCCAAUCAGCCAGACUGUCCUCCGGAAGCGGCCAAAUAA